GGAGGGACAUUCGAAUGUGUGAUUCUCGAAUUCGAGCACAUUUUCUACGCUAGGAAAGUAGCACAUGCUAACUACGAACUGUAUGUGGCUACAAGAGAAUGGCGGAAAGUGUUGCAGUCUCUGUCGCCCCCUUGGGACCCACAGAGUCGGACCCAGAGCGAUGUGAAGGCGAGGAAGAGGUACGGGGGAUCGAGGCUGGCGAGAACAACCAACAAACGGGGCCUGUUGCAGGAGGUCCCCAGAACCGUCUCGCGAAGUUACCGCUAUCCCGCAUCAAGGCAUUGAUGAAAGCCGACCCAGACGUGUCCCUCGCCAGUCAAGAGUCUGUGUUUAUCAUAGCUAAAGCCACAGAACUCUUUGUUGAGAUGAUUGCCAAAGAUGCCCUGGUGUAUGCCCAGCAAGGAAAGAGGAAAACUUUGCAGAGGAAAGAUUUAGACAAUGCAAUCGAGGCCAUAGAUGAGUUUGCUUUUCUGGAAGGUCGCAGUUGUAAAUGAGAGCUUGUUGUCAACUGGCCCACCGGGUUAAAUAAAGGUACUCUAGAUGCCUAGACACUCUCAGAAGAAAGAAGGCAGUUCAAAGAUCAGAGGCAUUUGGAAACCAGACUGACCUGUGUUGCUUUUGAAGUGACAUCACUGAGUUGGUAAUUGCAUAUUUGAGAAGAUUUUGGUACUGGUUGCAAGGAGUUCCCUUCCUGAACAUGUUCAGUAAAUACUGACAUCAUUGAUGAUCCUCCUUCAAUCAGUCUUGUAUGCAAGGAAUCUGACUUUUUUGUUGUUGUAAAUAAUGUGAGGUAUGUUGAAAUAAAUCAUACAAAUGUU